AUGCGUUUCUCCACUACUGCCGCGGCACUUGCCGCAGCAGUUCCUCUCGCUUUCGCCCAGACGUCCACCGACUGCAACCCGACCGAGAAGACCUGCUCUGCUGAUUCCGGCCUCUCGUCAAGCUCCUACAGCGCCGAUUUCACCCAAGGAUCCAGCGCCAAUGCCUCUUGGAGCGCUGCUGCUUACACCGACAUCACCUACGGCAGCGAUGGAGCCGUAUUCAGCAUCGCCAACAAGAACCAGGCUCCCACCAUCCAGACCGAUUUCUACAUCUUCUUCGGCCGGAUCGAUAUCGUCAUGAAGGCCGCUCCUGGCACGGGAAUCGUCUCCAGCAUCGUCCUCGAGUCCGAUGACCUGGACGAGAUCGACUGGGAGUUCCUCGGUGGCAGCAACGGCCAGGUCCAGUCGGACUUUGUAAGUGUCUCGAAUGCAUGCCGAGUCUCUGCAACACCUUUCUGACAGUAGUCCAACAGUUCGGCAAGGGCAACACCACUGCCUACGACCGAGCCGAGUACCACGAUGUGAGCGACACCCAGGGUACGUGGCACACGUACAGCGUGGACUGGACCAAGGAACGCAUCGAGUGGCUCAUCGACGGCACCGUCGUGCGCACCCUCGCCUACGAUGACUCCCUUACCGUCGGCGGCACCAACUAUCCUCAGACUCCAAUGAGACUCAAGGUUCGUCCGGCCCUGCGCCUCGAAUGGCCCCGAGCAGCACUGACAUGUUCUUAGCUUGGCAACUGGUGCGGUGGCUGCUCCAGCUCCAGCGGCACCGUCGAGUGGGCCGGAGGUGCCACCACCUGGGACAGCGCUCCCUACAAGAUGUACGUCAAGAAGGUCGAGAUCACCAACAACAACCCGGCCUGCGAGUACACCUACGGCGACAAGACCGGCGACUACGACAGCAUCAAGAUCUCCAGCAGCAGCGGCUGCAGCUCUUCCAGCACCGGCUCCAGCACCGGCUCCACCAAGACCUCGAGCCAGACCGUCGUCGACAUCAGCGAGCAGACGGGCGUCGUCGCGUCGACCACCAUCACCGGCUCUGCUUAUAGCACAAACAGCGCCUCGAUCUCCGCCGUCAACGGCGACAGCACGGGAGCCGCUACCACCAGCACCCAGGCUGCCGGGGGUAAUGGUACCAUCUCCGCCACCGCAUCCGGCCCAUCCUCCACCUCCACCGUCGCAUCUUCCACCGGCGCCGCAGCUUUCACGAGCAUCAUGGCCGGCGGCGCGCUCUUGAGCUUCGCGCUCGCCGUCUUCUUGCUCUAA